AUGUCCUUUCUACUUACCGCUUAUUCACAGAGAGCCGAAGCAUCAAGCUCAUUGUAUUGCAUCAGACUGAACGUGCAAAUGGCGCCUCGCAAGAAAACCUCCAGUCACGCAGUGCCGUGGCGUAGUGGUAAGAAGGCCGGAAAAAAGGGCAAUGUACGCAAUAGGAACCAGAUGAAGGCGAGCCCAGAUGCCCCCGCGUCUCCGGAUGUUACGUCGAAGUUCGAAGAGCCUUCGGUGCAGCCCAGUCCUCUGGAGAGUGAAUGUGAAGGGAAGGAUGAAUUUCACUAUGCGUCCAGUCGCCCCGGGGACCAGAUCGAAUCCCGCUCUCCUAAAGCCGCACGCUUGAGGAGGAGAAGCCAUUCACUUCCGAGUACGAGUCAGAGUCAGAUUGCCAGUCACGAUGAUAGUGAAAGUGCGUCUGCAGGUAAUAACACUGCCAACGACUUUCAAACCCAUACCGAAGCAAUUUACCUCCUCCGAGCUCGAACACUUAGUGGUUCCUCCGAUCCUGGUCCGCCUUCUGAGGCAUACUUACAAUCUUCGACUGAGAACAAGACUUUCGUCUCUGCUGAAGAUACUCCAGGCUCGGCCUCCGAAGGAACUAUGGCCUUCAUGAAGGCGAGCCUCCUCGACUUCAUGUCUGACAAGCGCAAGAAGAACAAAUCUAAGGGCAAGAAGAAGGGUAAGAAUGUUCCCGUCGAGGAACAUGGCGAAAAUUCAAGUACACCUGCGAAGAAUAAUACCGGGAGCAGUGUUACUGUCGAGGAGCAAGCUGGCGAACUCUCAGAGGCCUUUGAGAAAGGUAACAGUGCCGAACUCGCCCUGCGUGAGAAGGGUACCUCACAGGAUUGCUAUGAAGCUGGCCUUGCUGCAGAGAAACAGUUGAUCAAUGAUCAAUAUCCUAAUGAUAAUGCCAAGGGCAAAGGCAAGCAACGCGUCGAGGCAUUGGAGACUGAAGCCUCAGAUAACAAUACAACACUCUCUCCAUUAGAGCAGCCCUCUGUUCAAAGGAAGGUCCAUGCAGCCGAUAACGCGACUGAUGGAGCCGAAACUUCUCCAAGCAAUGAUGGAAGGCUACCUUCGAUCGAGUCAUCUCUGGGGCAGAAGAACACCGACGCUAGCAAAGCUGUCACUGAGGAGCCCAAAUCUUGCUCGGAGAAAGAUGCGACACUACCUUCAUCUGAGUUUUUAUCUGUGCAAAAGCAUGCUGACCCUAGUAAAGCGCAGACUGAUGAACCCAAAAUUCACACAGACCCCAGAAAUUCGGGAGCCACUACCUCGGCGUCUGAGCUGGCAGAACCGUCUUCACCUGAGCUUUCUGCUACGCAGAAGACCACAGACGCUGACAAUGCCGUGGCUGGAGAGCCCAAGGUUCCGACUGGGACCGAAAAUUCCAAAUCGUCAACCUCGCUCUUUGGGCAGAGCUCCGUCAAACACACAAGCCCCAUGAUUGAAAAGCUUCCUGUCCUUAUAGAAGGGGAAAUCCAGCACGACAGCGUCCCCAUUGCAGGCAGUGAGUCUCCUGUUCUCCGUGCCUCGACUCCAAGGUCCAGUGGCACAGCAUCAAACUCAACGGCCUGGACACCCAGUGCAUCUGCAUCUACUCCUCGGACCACUACCGCUGCCUCUGCACCCUCGAGCGCUCACCGCACCAAGGACAAGGGCAGAGGUAAGGUAGCAGGCAAUGUCACCGGACUAGCUCCUCCUACUGCUGCCUCUGCCUCUGGAUUAUCACCCCAAGUGAUAAGCAAUCACGCGCAUCCCUCUCCGUCCGCCUCAACCUCCAGCCGCAGCAUCUCAAGUUCUACGACGGACAUUGAACACCGCGGCCGCGGCAAGAUAACAUCCAAGAAGCCCUCAAACUUCUUUUGGCAACUCGACAGUCACGGCUUUCCGUGCGCAAAAACAGGCUGUUCUGCCCGCUGCAACCUCUGGGACGGAGCAACCGUAAUCUGUCCCAAGUGUGGCCCCUACUCAGAAACCCGGUACUGCUCGCGCGCCCAUCUGCUACAGGAUAUUAAGGCACACUGGACGAUAUGCGGACAGGCUGUUUUCACGUAUCCAUGCAAGGAAUCCACCAUUCCGAGAGACGUUAGGGAGGCUCCGCCGUUGAUUCCGUGUCUGUAUGGUUUUGAUACUCCCGAGCGCCACCGGCAGGCCGUACACUUCAAUAUGAACCACCGUGAGGGGGAUUACUUCAUUUUCAGUGACUGGGUGGACAUGGUGAAUAAGGGGGCGCUGAAGAAGAGUGAUAACGACAAGGAGAAGGUGAAGCUAAGGUGUUCAAGUAGGAUUAUCCAUGUUGUGCGCUUUGAGGAUGCCCAGGAGCGCGAUCGCUUUCGGCGAGUACUCGCUGCGGUGCUUUUUGGUUUGUCUCCCUCUGCCUCCUCCCAUACCCUCUGUUUCAAAGGCCUUUAUAAUAACUGGUAUAAAGUGACCAUCGAGAACCCUGCUAUAACUGACUACCUCUACCGUCUCAUCCGGGACCACAUCCGCUCUACAACCAACGACUCCCCAGUGAAUCCUCUAUUGUCUCUCGAAUCCUCCUUGAAAUACCAAAUGAACAAGGAAUUCUCCAUCACAAUCCAGCCCUGCAUAACUGGUAAACGUCAUGCCUGCCCCACGGACUGGACCGGCCGCAGCCGGCGCUUCUGCACGGACGAAGUCUGCCGCUCGGAAUACAAGCCCUUGCUCGGCCAGCGCAGUGGUGGGGGACACAAGAUGCGCAUUGAAGAGCUUGAGAGCAGUUACUGGAUUCUUAGAGCGGCACGCAUUACUCAUCCCUCUGUACCGAAUGCGUUGGAGCGCAUGAUUGGGAAGGGUUUCCUGGAAGAAGAUGGACACUUCGGGGUUGAGGAAGAGGAUCGUAAAAUUUACUGCCGCGGGGACGGUUGGGAUGGUGCGGGGGCCGGGGAUAUGGACAUUGAAGGGGUGACUUGCUGA